CUUGGCCUGCCCACGUCACUCCCAGCACUGCUACCGGUGUAACAUAAAAGGCGACAAGCAGAAGGAACGCCACCACAACGCCAAAAGGCAUGGUCAUAUUGAGGUGCAUUCCUGACCUCCAUUGCUUCCCUCCCCAGAGCUCCUGGUUUCCCACAAUCUCUGCGCUUGAUUGUAUUGGUAAAUAUGUUUUGGGGAGGAGACUUUUGCAUGACCACCCAAUUAUAGCACUUGUAGACUCAUGUAAGCACCCCGGUGAGGUCGUAAAACUCCAUGCUCACGCCAUUGUUUCAGGCCUAAUCCAAGACACUUUCGCCGCCAGCAGGAUUGUCAGUUUAUACAUCAAUUCAGAAUCUGGGGAUCUCCGUCAAUGCCGUCGCGUCUUCGAUAGCAUCAAUAGCCGAGAUGUAUAUACAUGGAACCUGAUUAUCAGAGCUCACGUGGAACAGAGCUCACCGGAGUCCGCUGUCCAAUUGUACUUCGAAAUGGUCGGGGAUUCUCUCAGUCCGAAUACUUAUACUUUUGCUCUCUUAGUAAAAGGUUGCAUCUUGAGCCGCCGGAUCGAUCUUGGGGAGUUGGUCCACGGCCAGAUCCUCAAGAAUGGUGCAGAAAAUGUGACCAUUGUGCAGAAUUCUUUGAUGCAGAUGUAUUGCACUGUUGAUCGAGUCGAAGAUGCUUAUCGGCUUUUCAUGGAUUGCCCAUGCACCGAUGUGAUAUCCUGGAAUACACUGAUAGGUGGGUAUUCGAGGAUUGGCGAGGUGGAGAGGGCGCACCAACUGUUUGAGAAGAUGCCCGAGAAGAAUCUAAUCUCUUGGAGCGCAAUGAUUGAUGGGUAUGUUAAAAACGGCAGAUUCAUGGAGGGCUUGGAUUUGUUUAGGGAGAUGCAAUUCAUGGGCGUGAGGCCUGAUCGAGUGACUCUUGCAAGUGUCCUUUGUGCUUGUGCUAACUUGGGUGCCUUGGAUCAAGGGAAAUGGGUGCACAAUUAUAUUCAGAAGAGUAGAAUGGGAUUCAAUCUGAUACUUGGUACGGCAUUGGUAGACAUGUAUGCUAAAUGUGGCUGGAUAGACACUGCUUAUGAAUUGUUUAAUGAAAUGAGGGAGAAGGAUGUAGUUCUGUGGAAUGCCAUGAUUGGGGGAUUGGCAAUUCAUGGUCAUGGAAGGAAGGCAUUGGAACUCUUCACGAGGAUGAGAAGUUCCAGUGUGACGCCAAACGAGAUGACCUUCAUGAACAUUUUAUGUGCCUGUAACCAUGCUGGUUUGGUCGAUGAGGGUAAAAAGUACUUUGACUGUAUGCAGAACAAGUACGCAAUUGAACCAAGAAUCGAACACUACGGAUGCUUGGCCGACAUGCUAGGCCGAGCAGGGUGCCUUGAGGAGGCUGAAGAAGUCAUAAGAGACAUGCCUAUGAAGGCACAAGCUUCACAUUGGGGUGCUCUAAUGGCUGCUUGUAGAACACACAACAAUACUGAGGUAGGCGAACGAGUUGGUAAACAUCUGAUUGAGUUAGAACCAGAAGAUGGGGGACGAUACAUUGUCUUAUCAAAUGCUUACGCUGCAGCAGGCAGAUGGAAAGAUGCUUAUGACGUCAGACGACUAAUGCAAGAGAGAGGAGUGAGAAAAGAUCCAGGGUGUAGCUUCGUUGAGUGGAACGGGGCCAUUCAUGAAUUCAUUGCAGGUGAUAAGGAGCACCCAGAUACAAUAGCCAUAUAUAAGAUGUUGGACUAUGUGGAACUCAAGCUGAAGGAUGCUGGAUACGUUCCAGAUACAUCUCAAGUGUUGAUUGAUAUAGAUGAUGAAGAGAGAGAGUUGGUGCUCUCACACCACAGUGAGAAGCUGGCCGUUGCAUUUGGAAUGAUUAGAAUAGCUCCGAAUAUUCCAAUUCGUGUUGUCAAGAAUCUCAGGAUCUGCAGAGACUGUCAUUCCGUUAUCAAGUUCAUCUCCAAGGUAUUUGAUCGCAAGAUAAUUGUGAGGGACAAGAAUCGGUUUCACACUUUUGAGAACGGGUCAUGCUCAUGCAUGGGUUACUGGUGAAAGUGGAUAACUCGUCGUUGUUCCGUAGAGCAGCUGGAGUUGAAUGCUGAGCAUGGACAGAUGGUAUAAGAUAAAAGCUGCUCAAAUUAAGAAGUUACGGCAAUGUUAAUCAGAAAAUUGAAUCAACAUCCUCUGCUUGAUUACGUAUCAGAAACUGACGACCGUGGACUUAUUGGCUUUGGAUGGCCGAUGUCAAAUCCAAUGGUGGAUCAGGCUCGAGAAAGAUGUUGGUUGUACUGCUAAAGCGAAUUUGACUUUGGAUUUUGUAAGCCACCACCCCUAGCCUCCCCAGUUGCAUUUGGAAUGAUUGAAAUACCUCCGAAAAUUUCAGUCCUGGCUGUCGAGAACCUCAGGGUAUGCAGAGACUCAUUCUGUGAUUUUCUCCAAGGUCUUCGAUCGCCAGAUAAUUGUGAGGGACAACUUUGACAUCGUAUCAUGCUCACGAAUGGAUUACUGGUGAAAGUGGACAGGUUGUGGUUAUUCCAUAGAGCAGCAGGAGUUGAACGCGAGCAGAGUAUGGACAGAGAGCAUUAGCAUACAAAUUGCUCAAAUUAAGAAGAUUAGUCAAUGAUUUCAUCAGAAAACUACAUCAACGUCCUCUGCUUGUUUAUGUUUGAGAAAGUAUAAGACCGCGGACUGAGCUGCUAAAGCGAAUUUGACGUCGGAUUUUGUUUCCGCCAGGCCUCCACUGCCAGUCUUUUCAAAGACAUCCCACAACAUUACAACGGGGAAGAGAUGAUUAGCAUAGACCCGACGCAAGGAUGUGAUGCAUUGUAGGCCCUGCACGCCACUGUCAGUAAAAAUCAAACUCAGUAAAAAGUCAAACUGGACGUUCCGUUAUUGAUGCCACAACAGUCGACUGUUCAAAAAUCAAAAUCCUAU